AUGGACGGUGCAGUUUUUUCUCAGCAAAAGGAAACCGGGAUCGGGGUGGUGAUAAGGGACCAUCACGGGGAGGUAGUGGCAGCACUUAGCAAGAAGAUAAAGGCUCUGUUAGGUGCUAUGGAGGUAGAGGCCAAAGCAAUGGAGGAAGCAGUUCGUUUUGCAGGGGAAAUGGGAAUCCAAGACUGCCUAUUUGAAAGCGACUCCCUCAUAGUGGUGAACGCCAUGCUGCGACGCACAGAGGCUCCAUCGUCUAUUGUUAAUGUUAUUUCUGGGUCCUUGUCCCAGCUUUAUAGGUUUAGAGAGGUUAAAUUUAGCCAUGUGGGUCGGUCAGGGAAUAAGGCUACACACACGUGUGAAGGUUUGGAUAGGGUUGCUGUCAGCAACGACCCGGAGAAGUUCUUUCAGGUCGGCUCUGAAUUACCCUCUCAGGAAAAGGAGGAACUGGUCAGAUUUCUCAGAGAAAAUGUUGAUGUAUUCGCUUGGGACGCCUACGAUGCCCCUGGAGUUGAUCCCAGCCUCAUCUGCCACCACCUGAACGUCAACCCCUCUUCCACUCCGAGGAAACAACCACCCCGACGCCCUUCAAAGGAGCACGCUGGUGCCGUGAGAGAUGAAGUGGCCAAGUUGAAAAGAGCAGGGGCUAUCAAAGAGGUCUUUUAUCCUGAAUGGUUGGCGAACACAGUGGUGGUGAAGAAAAAGACGGGGAAGUGGAGGGUCUGCGUGGACUUCACGGACCUGAACAAGGCGUGCCCCAAGGAUCCAUUCCCCCUACCCAAAAUUGAUCGAUUGGUGGAUGCAACCGUGGGACACCCUCGAAUGAGCUUCCUGAACGCCUUCCAGGGCUAUCAUCAGAUACCCCUUGCGCUAGAGGACCAAGAAAAAACGGCUUUCAUGACGCCCAUCGGAAAUUACCAUUAUAAGGUGAUGCCAUUCGGGCUAAAGAACGCGGGCUCAACCUACCAGAGGAUGAUGACUCGGAUGUUCGAGCCGCAACUGGGCAAGAUUAUUGAGGUGUAUAUAGACGAUAUGGUUGUGAAGAGCAAAAGGGUGUCCGAGCACGUACAAGACCUUGGAACUGUCUUCGCUAUCUUAAGGGAGCACCGGUUGCGGCUGAAUGCCUCCAAAUGUUCAUUCGGGGUCGGGUCGGGGAAAUUCCUAGGGUACAUGGUCACCCAUAGAGGGAUAGAAGUAAGCCCUGACCAAAUCAAAGCCAUUAACAGUCUACAGACUCCUCGGAACCCGAAGGAAGUGCAGAAGCUCACUGGCAUGAUUGCGGCCUUAAGCCGGUUCAUAUCACGAUCGGCGGAUCGAUGUCGACCUUUUUAUCUCCUGAUAAACAAGUGGAAAGAGUUUAAGUGGUCGGAGGAUUGCGUUCAGGCUUUCCAGCAGCUUAAGGACUACCUGUCCCGACCACCCAUCAUGUCCAGUCCGGAGGCAGACGAGGUGCUGUUUGCUUACAUCGCCGUAGCUCCCCACGCUGUAAGCCUGGUAUUAAUACGGGAUGAUAAUGGAGUGCAGCGACCGGUGUACUAUGUGAGCAAGUCACUACAUGAAGCCGAGGUGCGAUACCUACUCCUAGAGAAGGCAAUUCUGGCGAUAGUGCAUGCAACCCGAAAGCUUCCUCAUUACUUUCAGGCGCACACGGUCAUCGUCCUGACUCAGCUUCCACUUCGAGCCGUGCUUCGAAGUGCUGACUACACAGGAAGGAUCGCCAUGUGGAGUGCUCUUCUGGGGGCUUUCGAUAUUAAAUAUAUGCCCAGACUCUCCGUCAAAGGACAGGUCCUCGCGGACUUGGUAGCAGAGUUUGCUGAGCCCUCUAUAGAAACGCUGACCGAGAAGAAAGACCUUGGCGGAAAACUGGUUGGCGCGAUUUCGGCCGGGGAAACCAUGCAUUGGAAGGUCUACAUGGAUGGCGCAGCCAACCAGAGAGGAUCAGGAGUUGGGAUAGUUUUAAUAUCGCCAGACGGCGCUGUCAUUGAAAAGUCAUUAAGACUCGGAUUCUCGGCUACGAACAAUGAAGCCGAAUACGAAGCCUUACUUCAAGGAAUGGCAAUGGUUCAAAGGUUGGGUGGGAGAGUAAUUGAAGCCUUCUCGGACUCCAGAUUAGUGGUCGGACAAGUGAUGGGAGAGCUGGAAGCUCGAGAUACUAGGAUGCAAGAGUAUCUGGGACAAGUCAAACGGCUACAGGAGAGCUUUGAAUCCUUCAAAUUAACGCACAUUUCCAGGAGCGUAAACACUCAUGCAGACUCGCUGGCCACUCUUGCCACGUCCUCGGCACGCAAUUUGCCACGAGUAAUCCUAGUCGAAGAUCUAGUUAAGGCCAGUCCCAUCAGCGGAAACCCGAUCCAAGUCCAUCAGAUAAGACAGAGCCCCAGUUGGAUGGACCCCCUAAGGAAUUUCCUCCAAGAUGAGAUCCUACCGGAAGAAAGACUAGAAGCCGAGAAGAUACGUAGAAAUGCUCCUCGUUUUUGGCUAUCAGAGGACCGCAAACUUUAUCGGCGCUCCUACUCUGGACCGUACCUGCUCUGCGUACAUCCAGAGGAGUCCGAGUCUCUUCUUGAAGAGCUGCAUGAGGGAAUUUGUGGAAGUCACACCGGAGGAAGAUCGCUGGCGCACAGGGCACUCACUCAAGGAUAUUGGUGGCCGAACAUGCAGAGACAGGCCCAGGAAUACGCCAAGAAGUGCGAUCAGUGCCAAAGAUUUGCUCCGAAUAUCCACCAACCCGGGGGUGUUCUCAACCCACUCUCCGGUCCAUGGCCGUUCGCGCAAUGGGGCCUUGAUAUUGUCGGACCUUUCCCCAAGGCUGCGGGGAACAAGCGAUACAUAAUAGUCGGAACCGAUUACUUCACUAAAUGGGUGGAGGCUGAGCCUUUGGCCAACAUCAGGGACGUAGACGCCCAGAAAUUCAUCUGGAAGAACAUUAUCACUCGCUUCGGAACUCCAAGAACACUCAUUUCCGACAAUGGUCUUCAGUUUGACAGCAAGAAUUUUAGGGAGUACUGCCGUGAGUUUGGGAUCAUUAAUCGAUAUUCCACCCCCGCAUACCCCCAAGGAAAUGGGCAAGUCGAGGCCGUAAACAAGGUCAUAGUGAACGGAUUGAAGAAAAGAUUGGAUGAUUCAAAGGGGAGAUGGGUAGAAGAACUACCGCACGUUUUAUGGACCUAUCGGACAACGCCGCGGCGUUCCACCGGUGAGACCCCCUUCUCAAUGACUUACGGGGCUGAGGCUGUGCUUCCGAUCGAGAACAAUUUCCCCACACUGAGGUCUAGCUCGUUUACGCCAAGCGAUAACGAUGAGUUGCUAGGAAGAAGUCUGGAUCUAGCCGAGGAAAGGAGGGAGAAGGCCACGAUUCACAUGGCCUAUUAUCACCAGAAGCUAAGACAAGGGUAUGAUGCUAACGUCAAGCUGCGGCCUCUGGGUCCAGGUGAUCUCGUGAUGAGGAAGGUUCUGGGCAGCGCAAAGAACCCCUCUUGGGGCAAGUUGGGGCCCAAUUGGGAGGGACCUUACCGUGUCACAUCCGUGGCCGGAAUAGGCGCCUACUACCUAGAAGAUUUGGAUGAAAAAGCUGUACUUCGACCAUGGAAUGUAAAUAACCUCAGGAGGUAUUAUUAUUAAUAAGAAUGGCUUAGCGUAUGUUCUCUUUCAUGACUAUUUGCCGCUUU